AUGGAGAGGGAGCCGCAGGGGUGCAGUACUGCCGGAGCCGGCAAGCCGGAGGUGUGCGCCGCUGGCAACCCAGAGAUCCGAGUGCAAAGAAUUGCAAAACGCAAAGAGGUGAAAGAUGUAUUUAAGAAAAGAUCACUCCUCACAGACAGGGAGUGGACUUACACUCUAGACGUGAAUGAGUGUGCAGACACCACCAUAUGCCCGGCGUAUGCCACCUGCACCGACACCCCGGGGAGCUACUACUGCACCUGCAAACGUGGCUUCCUGGCCAGCAACGGGCAAGAGCACUUCAGGGGUCCCAGAGUGGAAUGCAAAGACGUUGACGAAUGUUCUCAAAGCCCCUCGCCCUGUGGACCCAACUCGGUCUGCACAAACGUGCGCGGGAGGUAUAGAUGCAGCUGCCUUCCUGGUUUCUCUUCUCCCACUGGAGAUGGCUGGACCCCGGGACGGCCGGGCAACUUCUUCUGCACGGACAUCAACGAGUGCCUCCGCCCCAGGCCCUGCCCAGAGCAUUCUGACUGUGUCAACUCCAUGGGGAGCUACAGUUGCAACUGCCAGGCGGGGUUUUUCUCCAGCAACUCCACCUGUGAAGAUGUGGAUGAAUGCACCAACCCCAGCGCUUGUCCGGAACAUGCGACAUGUGCUAACACCAUCGGCAACUACUCUUGUUUCUGCAACCCAGAUUUUGAAUCUGGCAGUGGAAACCUGAGUUUCCAGGACUUGGAAGGAUCGUGUGAAGAUAUUGAUGAAUGUGUUGAAAUGUGCCCUGGGAAUGCAACAUGCACCAACACUCCUGGGAGCUACUUUUGCACCUGCCAUCCUGGCUUUUUCCCAAGUCAGGGGCAGCUGAACUUCACAGACCCAGAAGUGGAAUGCAGAGAUAUUGACGAGUGCUCCCAGGAUGUGUCGCCAUGUGGUCCAAAUUCUGUCUGCACCAACACCCCGAGCUCCUACAGCUGUGGCUGCAUCGUGGGCUUCCGUCCCCAUCCAGAAGGCUCCCAGAAAUAUGGCAACUUCAGCUGCAAAAGGGUUCCCUUCAAGUGUAGGGAAGAUAUGAUGCCCCAAAGCGAGCAGGUCCAGCAGUGCCAAGAAGGAGGUGCCAUGCAACCUAAAUAUGUUUCCUUUUGUGCGCUCAUAAACACCACCUUCAGUGUUCUGGACCAUGCGUGUGAAAACAAAACCACCAAAGUUUCUCUGAAGAGUACGGCUGAGAGCUUCACACCUGUGCUUAAACAAACACCCAUGUGGUCCAAACUCACCAAGGAAGAGACAUCCACCCUGGGCACGGUCUUGCUGGAGAGUGUGGAGAGCACAACACUGGCAGCUUUACUGAAACCCGCGGGGAAUGCCAGCCAGACUAUUCAGACAGAAUACUUAGAUAUCGAGAGCAAAGUGAUCAAAGAAGAAUGCGUUGAAGAGAACGUGACCUUCAACUUGAGAGCCAAGGGGGAUGAGAUGAAGGUCGGCUGUGCCACCAUUAGGGAAUCUGAAUCCACAGGGACCACCGGAGUGGCUUUCGUCUCCUUUGCGGGCAUGGAGUCUAUUUUAGAUGAACGCUUCUUUCAAGAUCCCCAGGCCUCCUGGGCCAACUCUGAGAGGAAGUUGAAGAUAAAUUCCCGCAUUAUUGGGGGCAUCAUGACUGGGGAGAAGAAAGAUGGGUUCUCAGAUCCAAUCGUCUACACUCUGGAGAACAUCCAGCCAAAGCAGAAGUCCGAGAGGCCCAUCUGCGUUUCCUGGAGCACAGGGAGAUGGACGUCUUCCGGCUGUGAGAUCCUGGAGGCCUCCGAGACGCAAACCAUCUGCAGCUGCAAUCGUAUGGCAAACAUGGCCAUCAUCAUGGCUUCUGGGGAGCUCACAAUGGAGUUCUCCUUGUACGUCAUCAGUCAUGUGGGCAUGGUCAUCUCCCUGGUGUGUCUCAUCUUGGCCAUCGCCACCUUCCUGCUGUGUCGCUCCAUUCGGAAUCACAACACCUACCUCCACCUGCACCUCUGCGUGUGUCUCUUCUUGGCCAAGAUUCUCUUCCUCGCUGGUAUAGACAAGACCGACAACCAGACGGGGUGUGCCAUUAUCGCGGGCUUUCUGCACUACCUUUUCCUCGCCUGUUUCUUCUGGAUGCUGGUGGAGGCCGUGAUGCUUUUCCUGAUGGUCAGAAACCUGAAGGUGGUGAAUUAUUUCAGCUCCCGCAACAUCAAGAUGCUGCACCUCUGUGCCUUUGGCUACGGGCUUCCGGGGCUGGUGGUGGCGAUCUCUGCUGGUGUGCAGCCGCAGGGUUAUGGGAUGCAUAAUCGCUGCUGGCUGAAUACAGAGACGGGGUUCAUCUGGAGUUUCUUGGGGCCAGUUUGCACCAUCAUCAUGUCCCUGUCGAUCAACUCCAUCCUCCUGGCUUGUACAUUGUGGAUCCUGAGGCAGAAGCUUUCCAGCGUCAGUGCCGAAGUCUCAACCCUUAAAGACACCAGGUUACUGACCUUCAAGGCCUUUGCUCAGCUCUUCAUCCUGGGCUGCUCCUGGGUGCUGGGCAUCUUCCAGAUUGGACCGGUGGCAGGGGUCAUGGCCUAUCUGUUCACCAUUAUCAACAGCCUGCAGGGAACCUUCAUCUUCCUCAUUCACUGUCUGCUCAACCGCCAAGUGCGAGAAGAAUACAGGAGGUUGGUCACCGGGAAGACCAAGUCGGACUCCAGGUCCCAGACCUCGGGGAUCCUGUUGUCCUCCAUGCCGUCCACUUCUAAGUCGACCCGGGGCCACACGGAAGCCUCACUGUUCACAGACAUCGAGUUUCGGGAGUGGCUUGUUAAGAAGCAUCAUUUGUGGCCAUUGCUGACGGACACAACACCCAAUGGAUUGUGA